AUGCUUCUCUUCCCGCUUCUGGCUCUGUUCCUCCCGCUUGUGCUCGCACAAGGCCUGGGCGUCUCCACCUCGUACUGGCCUGUCCUAAGCCCCUCACCCACCGUCCCCUGGGUCCGCGGCCAGAAGAACCUCCUUUCUUGGCGCGUCGCUGGCGGAACAGGCGUACAGGCCUUUGAGAUCGAACUGCACCACUGGUCCAGAAAGGUCAUGCAGGGCGCGCUCAAGAUCGCGUACCGGUAUCCUAUGGACGCGCUGCCUGGUCGAUACGGCAAUUUGGGGGGCGGUAUCGAGGUUGAACUCCCCAGUGACAUUCCGACGGGUGAAGGAUUCAUCGUCUCGUUUACGUCUUAUUACCAUGGCAAGGUCUACGCGAUUUCCGAGCCUUUCGCCAUUCUCGACCAGCUGCCCUCAAACUAUACUACGCCGACUGGGCUCGCAUCGGCUACCUACACCGCUACGAUUACGUCUAUGCCUAAUCCGACACAGCAGUGGCCCCUCAUGCUCAAAGGACCAGAGGACAAGCCCUCUUCGUAG